AUGACGACAGAUGGAGGCUUCUGUGCUUGGCUAACUCGGACAUGUCCCUUGUUUUCUUUUUUUGUUUUGUUUUUUCUUAGGGUAAUAAAUGCGGGGAAGAGCACGCACAAUGAAGAUCAAGCCAGCUGUGAAGUCCUCUUUGUCAAGAAGAAAGCUGGAGGCACUAAUUCUACACCAAACAAGAACUCUUCAACAAAACGGAGGUCAUCACUGCCCAACGGAGAAGGUCUGCAGCUGAAAGACAAUUCGGACACAGAUGGGAUCAACCUGUACUACUGGUCCCUGUUUGAUGGACACGCUGGGUCGGGGGCAGCUGUGGUCGCUUCCAAACUGCUGCAGCACCAUAUCCUGGAGCAGCUGCAGGAGAUCGUGGACAUCCUGAGGAACUCGGCCGUCCUUCCGCCCACCUGCCUGGGAGAAGAGCCCGACAACCCGGCCAGCAACAGCAGGACGCUGACACGGGCGGCCUCCCUGCGUGGUGGUGUAGGGGCCCCAGGCUCACCCAGUACCCCUCCAACACGCUUCUUCACAGAGAAGAAGAUCCCACAUGAGUGCCUGGUUAUUGGGGCCAUAGAAAGUGCAUUCAAGGAAAUGGAUUUGCAAAUAGAACGAGAGAGGACAGUGUAUAAUAUUUCUGGCGGCUGCACAGCCCUUGUGGUGGUGUAUUUAUUGGGGAAGCUUUACGUGGCAAAUGCUGGUGAUAGCAGGGCUAUAAUAAUCCGAAAUGGCGAAGUCAUUCCAAUGUCUUCAGAAUUCACUCCAGAGACAGAACGUCAGCGACUUCAGUAUCUGGCUUACAUGCAGCCCCACUUGCUGGGAAAUGAGUUCACACAUUUAGAGUUUCCACGGAGGGUGCAGCGCAAGGAAGUUGGAAAGAGGAUGCUCUACCGUGACUUCAACAUGACUGGCUGGGCAUACAAAACCAUUGAGGAAGAUGACUUGAAGUUUCCCCUUAUAUACGGAGAAGGCAAGAAGGCUCGAGUAAUGGCAACAAUUGGAGUGACCCGAGGACUGGGAGACCAUGACCUGAAAGUGCACGACUCCAAUAUAUACAUCAAACCUUUCCUGUCCUCCUCUCCCGAGGUGAGAGUCUAUGACCUCCUGCAGUACGAGCACGGGCCAGAUGACGUUCUGAUCCUGGCUACCGAUGGACUCUGGGAUGUGCUGUUAAAUGAAGAAGUGGCAGAAGCUGUCACUAACUUUCUACCAAACUGUGACCCUGAUGAUCCCCACAGGUACACGCUGGCGGCACAGGACCUGGUGAUGCGAGCCAGGGGCGUGCUGAAGGACCGGGGCUGGCGAAUAUCCAACGACAGGCUGGGCUCUGGAGACGACAUCUCUGUCUACGUCAUCCCUUUAAUACAUGGGAACAAACAGGCGGUUACAGGAUGGGGAUCUUCCUGGGAAGGGCCUGUAAGAGACUAUGGUUUUGGUGAUCUGACCAGGACACUUCCAACUGAUGUAAUCUAUUCAAAACUAAUGCUGGAGGGGUAUUUUUCUGCCCGAAAGGUAGGGCUCUGCACAUAUACUGUAUAUGAUUAAAGAUAACCCUUAAGAUUACAAUUUCCCUAUAGAAAUGGUUUUGGUGCUUAACAGGAAUGGGAUUUAAAUGCUGCUAGCAUACUAUGGAUUCUGUCAUCCCUCCAGGUGGGGAAUUAACUUUUUUUCUCAGUUUACCAUGUAGCUUGGAAGAGCCAUUUCAGUUGUGAAAGUAGAAGUGGGUAUCAGAAGCCAAGGAGGCUCCUGAAAUCUACCCUCAAAUAUUCAGAAGGUGACUUGGGUCACAUCUCAUUUAAAAAUACCUAUAUAUACAUAUACGAGACUCAAGAGUUUUCUGCUUUUAAAAAGUUGCAGUCAUGACUUACCUAUGGACAACUUCAAACUUGUGUAACCCUUCGAACCCCCAUUUUCCUCUCCUGUCUCUUCUUCAGUAGACCAUACUCCUUAUUUUAGUAGGAAAACCGAAAUUGUUUUCAGCGUGACUAUGCCUGUCUACUGCAGUUAGAACAGCCACCUGCAAAACUGUCCAGGAGAAAUAGGUUACAGUUCUGUAUGGCAAGAUCUAUUCUGGUGCGAGAAGUUAUUUCUCAAGACUCCCUGUUGCGUGUAUACCAUGAUUAUGCAGAGCACGGCACCUCAGCUUUAUGUGAUGUUUACCUGGAGGCCAUGGUUUCUUUAGGAUCAGAGAUUUUCAUUCAUUGAAUGGUUCUGCCUGCUUUGUCCUGUUGAAAGGAUCCCUGACCAUACUGCUUCUGCAUCAGUUGGGAUUCAGUAAAUUUAUUUGGGCUCCCGAGUGUGUCUUUUUGUUUGAUUCCUACUUGAAGUGAUGGUACUGUCCUCGUUGUCAGUUUGGAUACCCAGAUAGUGAUCUACUCAAAAGUAAUUUCAGUUCUUCCUGCCUCACUUACUAUUCAACAUAUACCUUUGCUUGCUUGACUUGGUGAUCAGAAAGUGGCAGCUUAUAGCUUUGUCCUCUUGGUAUUGAGGGCUGUAGUCAAGGAUCACAAGAUCACUGUGAUAGGUACAAGCCCUUGGUUAGCUUCAGCAGCUUUUUGCUUAGCAGUGCUGAGUCAAUUUAUUUAAAGAAAAUCUGAGUAAAACAUUAUCAGGGGAAAAGUAAUAGUCCAAGAGGCAAACAACGGAGAAAAUCUGCAGCUUAACCUGGCUGCCUCUUCUUCAAGCAGGCAGCUCUCCUACUUCAUUGGCAGGAAUUGAAGACAAAAAUUCCAAAGGUUCUAGCAUAUAGGCAGGUAUAUUGGCUGGGCAGCCGAGUUCAACCUAGCUUACCCCCUGACCAUAUUCUUCUGCAGCUGCUCAUCUGGCUUGUGCUUCUUGGUUAGCCAGAAGAUGGGGGGCUGACAUAACUGUAGGGCCCUGACUAGGCAGCUCUCAACUGCUGCAUCCUUUCCAAAGGAGGAGGAGGAUGCUGUGCCCUUUGCAGACUUUCUCCUGAACAGGCGUGGCGUAGAGCUUGCCAGUUUUGUAAUUUAUAAUGUGCUAUGUAAACACCAUGCCACACUGGUGCGGUGAAGCUGCCCAGAUGCUUGAUUUGACUGCAUCUGGAAGUACAUGUGCAACAGUCUCGGUGGAUUUAAACCACCCUUGCUCUACAUCUCUAGACCCGGUAGGAGGUUCAGGUUGAGAGGAGGCAACGCAGAGCGUGAAGUGGCUCAAACGUGCAGCAAACUGCAUGAUUUUAGCCUGAAAACUGUUCUGUGCGUUCCCCAGUGCCUGCAUGUGGUAAAGCUGUGCAGAACACGGAUGUUUUAUACUCUAGAGCUUCAGCAUAAAUCAAUAGCAUAUCUGAUUAUGUGUUGUCAUGCUUUAUCUAUUCUUUCCUUUUUUUUUUUUUCCUUUACCUCUUUUUCUGUGUGCAGCUGGGUGAGAAGAGAGGUUUGGAGUCUAGAAUAUUUUUCACAUGGCCCCACAUAUGUUUUAAAGUUUAAGCAAGAGGUCUUCUCUUGCACUUUUUUUUUUGGCCUAAUAAACUUGUAAACAUGCAUUUCAUGCUCUGUGUAACUCCUGUUGUCUCUUCGCAAAUGCAGUUGUGCAGUCCUCUAGCAAUUCAGACCCUCUUUCAUGGAGAAACUAAUGCUGGCAAUUUCGGCGGAGUCGUCUGGAUGGCAAAGAAGCUGGUGCUUGCUGGUACCAACUACAAGCCUGAGUUGAAUAUUUCAGUGCCCACUCCAUUAUUAGUUAGUCUCCAUUAUUUGGUAACGUGGUGUCGACACACAUACCAGUCACCAUAAAACCACUGACUACAAUGUCGUGGAAAUAAAUUUCCAUUUGCCGAAAUUUCAGAGUGUAAUUUCAAGCCGAUGGAAAAAUGCACUUUCCCAUUCAGGGGUGUUUUUAAAUGUACCCCUGGAGAGCUGGGUUAGCAGAGUGCUUGGCUUGGUGGGAGCAAACUGGCUGGUGACUUCUCGGAGCAAAACCUCUUGGGUGCUGGUACGGCUUCGUGAAUCAGCCUCUGAUAUGUUUGUUGGUCAGUGGAGGUGAUGCUGUCCAUCAGCCUGCUUCUCUGCAGCGGCUGUGCCCAGGUGGAGUUGUGUUGGCUAUCACACCCUCUCCUGGAAAGGGUAGAAGGACAAUAUCAACAAUUAAUAUCAAUUAGCAUCAAUUAAUAAGUUCUGAGAACUUUAACAGAUAAUAAAAAGCUUCCUACUCAGAUGUAUGUGACUGAAACUGUGCUGUGAUGCUUUUUUGUUUUGCUUUUUUACAAAGUGCGUGUUACACAAUUACAUGCCCGCCUCCCUAGAGCGUCUCGGGUUCAUCUCUGGUGCGCUGCGUUAGUACUUGGGCUUGCACUUCUGUCUGCUUUCACUGGGAGCUGCUUACGUGCCUGCACUGUGGUCUGUGCUCUGUUUCAAGGCAUGGUAUAAAUACAGGUACACACCAAAGCCUCAUAUAAAUGGGAGGCGGGAGUCGUUUAUUGGGGAGGUGGUGUGCGACAAGCAAGAAUAAUUAAAAGCGCUUCCAAUUCUCUUUAUAGGUUGAAUUAUUUUGGGAGUAGUCGCAACAUUAGAAGCCACUGGUGGCAGGGAGGAUCCAUGGUGCACGAUACCGUUUUUCAGGCAGGCACGGGCUGGAUAUCGCCAUGUUCAGCCUUGUGGCCGCUCUAGGGCUCAGUGAAGCUUCUGCGUUAGGAGCAGACAGCUCGCCGCCUCCGACUGGAGCAAGUUAGGCACCAACUCCAAAUUUUAGAUCCUUGGCGCGUCAUCUUAGUUACUGCCUGAUGCCGGCAGCGCUAUGGGGUUUUUUAUUUGCCAGCAAAUUUCCCUUAGCAUCCAAAAUUGUUUAAGCCUCAGUAGCAAGGAACCUCUGUCCUGAGUUACAUCAGCAUUCGUGUUGCUCUUGCACGGUGCUGUGUCCUUGCCUGUACGUAGACGCUACUUAGAGAGUCAGGCAGGGUCUUGUCCUUCUUUGGACAAAGCCAAGGGAAAGAAACCGUAUGCCGUGCAGUUCAGGUUGGCCGACAGCGCAAUGUAACGCUGUCUUCUGGUGCCUCGUCCAGUCCAGUUUCUAGGAAUUCAAACCAAGAAGCUUCUGCCAUUCUCCUGUGAAUACUCUUGCAGAAGGUAGUACAGCCGUUUGGGGUAUUUUUCUCUUGCACUACAGCUUGAAAUCUUUGUUUAAUGUGAUGAAGAAGGUAGGUAGGAGUUUUGUUUACACCUUAAGUGAGGCACACAACUGUCUUUUGGUACAUUGAUGCAAUGAUGCUUCCUUCAUGAGCACGGAAGCGUGUUGUCCGAGAGGGCUGGUGUUCGGUGGCCUCAUGCUGGAGAGAGAUUUUUAUUUAUUUUCGUAAAAUUCUAAAAACCAGCAGGGCUAACAAGCUAAAGGAAAAGUGGUCAGUCUGCUGUUAGCAGUGGAUUUCCAUGUUAAAGUUGCUUCCGUGUUAAAAUAUGACAAGAGGUCUGGGGGGCACAGUUGACUCUGUGCCCCCAGGGUAUUUUUGAAGAACUUCACUUGAUGUUGGGGCAGAUUUUGGCUUUGAACUUUUGCUAGGUUUUUAAAGAACACUACACACUCCGAGCAAAUCUGCUGUGUUUCUUCCUGCCUCCGUCUUUUGCUUUUAUUUUACUUUUUAUGUACAAAUACUUUCAACAUUUUUGUAUUAAACAUGAAUUGCAAACUGCGUGGAAUUGUUGUUCCUCCCUGACAUUUUCGGUGUGUAAAUAGUUUUCCUCCACAUGUCUUAGAUGCAGAUAUAGUGAUGUGGCUACCAUAGAGAGAGUGACCAAAUGAUGCUGUAACUGUGCUGCUGUAUUCCUACCUGUGAUGUACUUGAAGGAGGAUGCCCUUGUCCACCUCCGCUCUCGUGCUUUUUUCUUUCUUUCUUUGUUUUUUUUUAA